AUGGACUUCUACAGGAAGAAAUCUGAGUUCUUGAUCAGGAUGAAGGAACAGAAAGUCAUGAAGAGGAUUAGGAGGGAUGUGGGCUGGAAGUGUACUGGGAGGGAGUGUGGGGAUGAAGUGGUUUUUCAAAUCAAUCGAUUUUGAUGAGAUUUCAUUCGUCGUUAUGAGAAGAUGAGUGAAUCUAUAGGAGUUGAUGGUGCAUUAUUGAUUGAAGCGAGUGAAUCUAGAAAUCAUAAGCAGUUUUGGAAGUUCCUCAAAGCUCCUUUUAUUAACAAAGUCUUCAAAUUGAAGCUAUUCUUUACGUGAAGCUUUGGAAAUAGAUAUAGAAGAUUUCAUAGGCAUGUGAUGAAAUUUAUUCCUAAUGUUACAAAAUCAUUUGAGUUAUAUGGCUGAAAUAUUAGCCACAAUCAAUUCAGAAAAAUUGUCCAAAUCGGAAAACAUAUAUCUAACUUCUCCUUUAGAAGGUGAAGAAUCUUUCUUACCAAGUUGAAAUUUAGUGAUAACUUGCAUUACUGUAUUAAAACCUUGACUUUUACCAUUGAAUCAUGAGCGUAUCUUCAAACUUCAGAACACAUUAUAGAAAGUCUUGAAGGCUUACUGAAAGCUAUACAACCUACAGACAUGAAAUCCUCCCUCAUAGAGAUGAAGAUUGAUAUUGAAGAAAUAAGGAGAAAGAUCUGUCAAUUUGCAGGAGACAUAGGACUGAGCUGUCUAAACUUUCCGAAUCAUCAAGCAGAGUUUCUUCCUUACAUAUAGUCUCUCAAUAAAAAUUCCUCCAGCAAGCCCAUCUACUUAUUUGUCGAAUCAUUCUCCUACUCAUGCUUAGAAGAAUGGGAAACAGUCUUUUUGGGUGUUAAAUGAGACAUUCA